UCAAGGCACUUGCGGCUUGUCUGCAGCGAUAGGAAAAAAGAGGAGAGAAAGAGAGAACCUCACCUCCUCAAACAGCGAGUGAGGUAGGGAGAAAGAUACAGAAAGCGGCAGAGAGAGAGCGAGAGGAAGAGAAGAGGCUGUGUGGAGUAAAAGGAAAGACAACAGCGGCUUGGACCUCCAGCGAGGAGUGUUUAAUUGUCUGCGCUUUAUUGUAAAGUGUCUAAUUUCCACACAGAUUCGACAUGUCAUCGUCCGGUAAAGACAACAGCGGUGCCCAACAUGCCAAUUACGUGGGACCUUACCGUUUGGAGAAGACGCUCGGGAAAGGACAGACAGGGUUGGUCAAGCUGGGAAUCCACUGUGUAACAUGCCAGAAAGUCGCCAUAAAGAUUGUCAACCGUGAGAAACUCAGCGAGUCGGUACUAAUGAAGGUGGAGCGAGAAAUAGCUAUUCUGAAGCUCAUAGAACACCCGCAUGUUUUAAAGCUUCAUGAUGUCUACGAAAAUAAAAAAUACUUGUACCUCGUGCUAGAACAUGUGUCUGGUGGGGAGCUGUUUGACUACUUGGUGAAGAAGGGCAGGUUAACACCUAAAGAGGCCAGGAAAUUCUUCAGACAGAUCAUGUCUGCCCUGGAUUUUUGCCACAGUCAUUCAAUAUGCCACAGGGAUUUGAAGCCAGAGAACCUGUUGCUAGAUGAAAAGAACAACAUCAGGAUAGCAGACUUCGGCAUGGCCUCCCUUCAGGUUGGAGACAGUCUGCUGGAAACCAGCUGUGGAUCUCCACACUACGCCUGUCCAGAGGUCAUCAGGGGAGAGAAGUAUGACGGGAGGAAAGCAGACGUCUGGAGCUGUGGGGUCAUUCUUUUUGCCCUGUUGGUGGGCGCCCUGCCAUUUGAUGACGACAACCUGAGGAAUCUUCUCGAGAAGGUGAAGCUAGGAGUGUUUCACAUGCCACACUUCAUCCCUCCAGAUUGUCAGAACCUCCUCCGCGGCAUGAUUGAAGUGGAUGCCACCAAAAGACUAACGUUAGAACAGAUCCAGAAGCACACAUGGUACAUUGGGGGGAAGAACGAACCAGAGCCAGAGCAGCCUCUGCCCAGGAAGGUGACUAUCCGCAGCCUGCCCUCUGCAGACGACAUCGACCCAGACGUACUGGACAGCAUGCACUCCCUGGGCUGCUUCAGAGACAAAAACAAACUACUGAAAGACCUGCUCUCGGAUGAUGACAACCAAGAAAAGAUGAUCUACUUCCUGUUACUGGACCGUAAGGAAAGGUACCCCAGUCAGGAGGACCAGAACCUUCCCCCACGCAACGAGAUUGAUCCCCCAAAGAAGCGGGUGGACUCUCCCAUGUUGAACCGUCAUGGCAAGAGGAGACCAGAGAGGAAGUCCAUGGAGGUCCUCAGUGUCACAGACGGAGGCUCGCCCGUACCGGCAAGGAGGGCUAUCGACAUGACACAGCAUGGACAGAGUAAAUCAGUGUACAGUAAAAGCUUGGAUAUUCCUGACGCCAGUACAAAAUGCAGCAAAGAAGAAAGGUCGCGGUCUAUUAGUGGAGCCUCCUCCGGCCUCUCCACCAGCCCCCUCAGCAGCCCACGGCCUGUCAGAAAGUUCUGUGUACCGCCUCAGAUCCCAGAUUUGUUACAGUCCCCUAACACAAGCCCCUGCCCAUCCCCUGAGCCCGCCCCCAAUCGCACUGGCCCCCGUAUCUCCACGCCCAACUCGCUCGCUCCAAACAGUGAACCCCUGCCGGCAGAACUCAACAAGACGCAAACACUCCCCGCCAAGCCUAAAGUCGUCCCUAAGCCCCUCCAAGCCACACGAUCAAACCCGCUCCCCGAAACCUCCCCAGAUGCAGCAUCUGCAGCCAAAUCGGAGCCUACCACUCCCUGCCAGCUCCCAUUGCAGCCACCUUCUGCCUCUGUGCCCCCCACCCCUACUUCUCCGUCCUCCCCUUUCUCCCCCUUUGCCCCAUCCUCCAUCUCCAGUACUCCCAUUCAAAACAGCCCCCAGGUACGUCGCUCCCAUUUUGCUGCCAACCCCCAGCUCUCUGUGCCCUACUGCUCAGCGGUGCCCCUGUCGCCCAUCCGGCUGCACCACUUCCACCCUGUUGCGCCGGCGCCUUCUUUAUUCACUGACCACCCGCCCAAAUCUAUCCCCCUCAUACAGGUUACCCCUCACCCCUCCCCUCGAGGCAGCCCCCUCCCCACCCCAAAGGGCACCCCUGUGCACACUCCCAAGGACAGCCCGGCCGGGACUCCCACCCCAACGCCGCCCCCCAGCCCUUCUAUUGGAGGCAUGCCUUGGAGGACGCGCCUCAACUCCAUCAAAAACAGCUUCCUGGGGUCACCACGCUUCCACCGCAGGAAACUUCAAGUUCCCACACAAGAGGAGAUGUCCAGCCUCACACCAGAGUCUUCCCCAGAACUUGCCAAAAAAUCCUGGUUUGGUAACUUCAUCAACCUGGAAAAAGAGGAGCAGAUCUUCAUUGUCAUCAGAGACAAGCCUCUCAGCUCCAUCAAGGCAGACAUCGUUCAAGCCUUUCUCUCGAUCCCCAGCCUGAGCCACAGUGUCAUCUCUCAGACGAGUUUCCGAGCAGAGUACAAGUCCACAGCCGGCCCUACAGUCUUCCAGAAGCCAGUCAAAUUCCAGGUGGAUAUCACCUACACAGAGAGCACGGCUGCCACCAAGGAGAACGGCAUCUACUCUGUCACCUUCACCCUGCUCUCAGGACCCAGCCGGCGCUUUAAGCGAGUAGUAGAGACGAUUCAGAGCCAGUUGUUAAGCACACAUGACCAGCCAGGGGUCCAACAGCUCUCUGACGAGAAGAACGGACAGGUGCCCUACCCCUCUGGCACGCCCACCAAGCACUUCCCCUCGCCCAUGCACGUCCGGAGGCACGAGCCAGAAAGUAAUGACACCAAAUGCCCCCCUUCGGGCCGAGACAGAGCCAAGUUGUCGGUGGCCUCUGUGGGGACACAGGAGGAGUCUUAGACCGAGCCCGUGCUAAAAACCCAUCCCAAUAUCUGUACAGAGCUAGAUGUACAUAAUCAUUAAUGGACAUUGUUUUUGUAUAAAAUGACUUUAUAUAGAUAGAAAUAUAUUAAGAGAAUCAAAGUGAUAUUUUACAAACAGCAUACUGCACUUACAUGACAAACACACAUGCUCCUUUUCAUUACCCCUUAGCGUCCACCCUCAUCAUCCACCCCUCUACCCCACCAUCUAAUCGUCUGUGGCCCUUGCUCUGUUUUUUUGCUCCCUUGCUGCUAACCUGUGUGAUGACCUGACUUGUUUCUGAUACCAGGAAUUAUCCAGAAAACCUAUUAAGCCCCUCCUCCUGCUCCCUGCGCCACCCCUCCACCUCCCCCACCCCCCCGAGCGUGCCGAGAGACGGACAAUUGUUGACGGAGGACUGCUUUUAGAGGUGCACGAAAAAGAGGGGGGGUGGUUACCCUGGAAACAGACCCUUCAUGCAGACUUCUACCUUCAUCUCCCUAUGCGCCCCCUUCUCCACCUCUGGCAGCCAUCAGUAGACGUAGAGGAAAAAAGUGUUCCCCCAUCUUAGGAACACACAAACACACACACACACAUGUGCACAACUAACCCACACAAAUUCCAAUGAAACAAAAAGGAACACUCCCCUCAUCGACCGGCCCCUUCCUCUCAAGGAGCACUCAACAAUUGGAAACAAAAAGACACCACACACACACACACACACAACAUGAACAUGCAUACCUGCACAGGUCAAGUAUGCACAGACUUAAACUCUGGGAAGUUAUUAACAAGAACUAAAAGAAGACACGCAGAAACAGACUGAUUCACAGGAGGAGAGAAGGGGGAGGAGUUUUGUGGAAAGCCCAAACAAGCCGACGUGGAUGCUUGCUGGAUUGUAUUUGUUUGCUUUUUAAUGUACUUUCUUUGUGGAGAACUGGGUUUAAAAUACUAACUGACUUUAUUAGACUUAAUACUAUUGCUGCAAAUGGACUGGAAUUGUGAUUUCAGAGAGGAGCUGGGUGUGAGCAGAACAGGGCAGAGGGGGAGAUACGAUAGUAUA